AUGACAUCAUCUAUUCGGUUGGAUAUACCACCUCGCAGACAGUGGUCUCAUGGCCAUGGAUACUGCGGCGAGACUGUCCUGCAAAUGUUUGGUCUUUAUAAUGGUGCUUGGAUAUCACAACAACUAGUUCGAGAUGUUAACCAUGGUGAAUACUUGAUUCACCAUGUGACUCCCGAAGACGAUCAACAACGACGACCACAAGGAGGAGGAGGCGGAGGCGAUCCACUAGUCACACUCACGACACUCAAGUUUUCCUACGACGCAUGGGAUCAUGAGAACGCACCUCAACAUCAAUUUCCUUCCUAUUGCUUUUGGAUUAAACGAUGUUUGCUCCAAGGUUUUCCUAUGAUGUUUCGCACGAAAUUUGAUGAGUUCUUUGCUGGUCAUAUCAUGCCGAUAAUAGGCAUUGAUUAUUCGCACGAGAACGCCUAUGAUGAACGGGAUACCAUUUACUAUUACAGUCUCUUUGAUCAGGAAAUAAUCAAGCAACCACUAAGCGAACUGGGUAGUGAUCCAGCAGCACCGCCUUUUUGCUGCAUCUGGGGCUGUGUUCCUCUCAAUGUAUGCUGGGGAAUCGCUAUUACGGGAAUUCUCGACGAAGACAAGGUCUGCCUUCCUGUACGUCUUACUGUGGCUGAAUGGGACGAGCCGUGUACAGCCUAUGGUAUAAAAGCUCGUGACAUGAUGGGCAGAGUGACUGUGCAAGAAUUGACGGCUGGAACACGAUACAUUCUUCUCCGCUACUCGUCACAUGUUGAUGUGCCUAUCAGAGGCGAUGCGACGGCAUUUCUUUCCUCCAACUAUGCAUCGAGACAUGACUUUACUGCCAAGGAACAUACCUAUGUUUAUAAAGAUCCAAUUGCAAUUAACUCGAACGGAUCAACUUAUUAUCGGUGUGUAGCCAAUCCUCUAGCCACAUGA